AAUUUGCCUCCCCAUCAACUAAAGAAUUAGGUCUCUUGGCUGUGAGGUUAUUUGGGAUUUGUGUUAAUGCAGCAUCGGUUGAACGAUUAUGGAGCUCAAUGGGGUUUCUUCAAACAAACCGACGAUGUUGUCUCAAGGCAGAUGUUAUUUAUUAA